GAUCCCAAGCACUCUGGAUAAUUGAUCCUAUACCUGUUCAGACUAUUGUAUAACGACAUACAGAUGGAGUGGGUUUUAAUCUUGUAUAAUUACUCAACAUACGCAACAUGCUGCACUGGUACAUUAUUCACUACAACUAAAAAAAGAAUGUUGGCCUGAGUUGGGCAAAAUACAACUUAAUUUUUAUUGUUUUUUAGUUAAAUUGAAAUAUUUAUCAUCAAUGGAGAUGUGAUAACCUUCUGUACACUUGUACUUCUGACAGAUCAAGAAGCAAUUGGAUGUGGUUAUCCACAUAAAAUGUCAUUCAUCUUCAAAUUGCAUGGGCUGAGUACAGGAGCUUGAUGGUAUUUGCUGCUUUCAGUGCUUGUCAUCUGAGUAUUUAAAACAAGAGACAGUAAAACCACCUGGUGAAAUUCUAGAAGCACGAUGCAGGUAGAGUUACUGCCUUCAAGAGCAUCACGGCUCGUUUGUAUUCUGCUCAAGAUCUCCAUUGCAAGAUGUCUUUCUCCAUCCAGCAUUUCUAUAACACCCGCUCUGUACCCUGAAGCUGGAAAAAACACACUCUGGUUACAAAAUGGAACUUGCUCUGGAUCUGUGCAUCAAUCUUCAGAUGUCUGCCAAGGGCAUUAUGGGGUUCCACUAUUGCACGGCAGCCCUGGGAAUGAUUUCAUGAAAGCUCUAGAAUGCCUGGAUGUUUUAAGAAAAUCCUAUUCUCCUUGGCAUCCGUGGUCAGUUUUGUGUCUUUCCUCUUAAUCGUUGUUGCCAUGGGGACUCAGAAAUGGAUGACCGGCACAAUUCUGUGUCAGACUGGGGUCGAUCUAGUCAAUGCCUCAGAUCCAGAGCUGGUGAAGUUUAUUGGAGAUAUUUACUACGGACUGUUCCAAGGUGGGAAGGUACGGCAGUGUGGAUUAGGAAAGAGACGCUUCAAGUUCUCCAUUUUCCCACAUAUGGUGAAAAAACUGAAUACCUCGCUCCAUGUGUUCAUUAUCCUCUUCCUUUGCUCGGCCAUAGCAUUUGCUCUGAUCAGCUUUGGAUUCUGCAUAUACAAUGUGAUCAAAGUUCCCUAUCGGUCAAUUAAAGGACCUGCUGGAAUUUGCCUCUGGAAUUUAAUUGCAGGUCUGUUUAUUGUGUUUGCAGUCAGUAGCUUUAUUGCUGCAGUGCAACUUCACAGCCUAACGGAAAGAAUUGCCAAUUUCCGAGAAAAUGUUUUCAGGAUUGUUAUUUUGGAAGAACACUAUGAGGAUUCCUUUUGGCUGUGUGUUGCCAGUGGCGCAACCCACGCCUUUAACAUCCUACUGAUGGCAAUGAGCAAUAUUCGUCUUCCGAAAUUCAAGACUAAAACAGAAGAGGCAAAUGUGACUGCAGAAGAUAUCAUGUAUUAGACACAAAGUACUGUAAAUAUUUGCUAUUGUGUUCCAAUUCCAUUACAAGAACCCAGAAGGGAACAAAGCCAAAUAGACGAGGGGGUAUCAUAUGAUAUCAACAGGAGAAUGACCAGAGAAUGUGUCUGUCAUUGGCAGUUCCUUGCAGAGCCAACAUCAUGGAGGUCAUAGCAGUUGCCCUAUUGAUGCAGGAGAAUUUUGGAUUCACUGCCACUUCUAAACCAGUUGGUAGCUUCAGGGUUCCCACAGUGGCCUACAUCAAUCGUCACAGUAUAUAUGGGCACGCAUGUCGUUGGCAUGCUGAAUAUUACACCAACCAACCUGAGUUACAAUAUUUUUAGAGCAAUUACAUCUGAAUGACAUUUAAGUAAUUCAUUAAGUUUGGCACAUCUCCCCCUGGUAAGCAGACCGAUGCUGGAAUCACUGCAUUGUGGGCAAAACACAUGAUGAUUGCAUUUAAAAAUUCCAUUUUGCUCAUGCCCUCUACUGGGCUUUCUUAUAAUCUGUACAGAGAAAUACCAUAAAUCCAUGCCAGCAUAUAUAUUGCCCUUUACUGAGCACAAUCCUUUAGGGAAGUAGGAAGGUUGAAUUGCUGUUUAAAGUGGAAAUAUGCUGUUUUUAUAAUUCUGUUUUAUUCUAUACAAUGAAGCUUUGACAUUCCCAGUCUUAGCUGAGCCAGUCUCCAUAUCACCAAGUAAAAAGUAACCCCUAGGGGCUGAUUUACUAACCCACGAAUCCGACCCGAAUUGGAAAAGUUCCGACUUGAAAACGAACA